CUGCAGCUAAUCAUCUCAGGUUCCUCUCUCUCGUUAGCUGGGAGCUAGCUAUGAUUUGCCAAACAGGGACGACUGAUAAUGGCUCCUUUCUGGUUCACAGACUAAAUAGCUUGUUAAUAAAUGAUCUGCUUUUAUUUUAUUUAUUAGCUUUUAAUGUAAAUUUCACAGUUCCCUGUUGGAAGGCCUAUGUUCUUGUCACCAUAGCAACGAGUGAAAUCUUUAUUGCUGUCCACAAAUAAGAUUCCUCUCCCUGGUCACAUGGGCAAUUCACUAACACGUGAAUGAAUGUCAGCUUUUUGAAGACACUCAAAAGUGAGCUGGUAGUGAACGUGAGGUACACCAGGCCAGUCUUGGGAGCAUGGCGAAGGCUCAGAAAUCACCUGGGAGGAAGACUGCUCACUGUCUCCGCAGACAGGGUGGCGGUCAGGCAGACAUGGAGGAACUUAACGUGGACACUCAGCAUCCACCACAAGGCCAGUCCAAGGGAGGAAAUCAAAUCCUUGUUCAAAAUUCUUCUCCUGCUGGAAGCUUGUCGGAAAACUGCGAGCACAAGGAAGCUCCGGUGGAGGCCCAGGAAAAGAGUGACACUUCUGCCCAGCCGCAGGCCAAGUCUCUGUGGAAGCCCAUUCCCCCUCUGCUGCCCGAAUCCCACAGGAGCACCAGCACAGAGUCCAGGGACCAGAGCAGCCAGACCGAGGAGCAGGGUCGGCCUAUCACAGCCAAUAACGACGGCCAUAACACAGGUCUGUGUGUUGAGCCUGGUGACCCCCCUCUGCUCCAACAGCCUCUGCAGACCUCCAAGUCUGGGAUUCAGCAGAUAAUUGAAUGCUUCCGAUCCGGCACCAACCAGCUCAGAAGUAUGCUACUGAGGGAGGUAGACACCAUCUUUGAGUGUAAACUGUGUCGCAGUCUGUUCAGAGGCCUCCCGAACCUCAUCACGCACAAAGAGUACUACUGCUUAUCACGGCUACCUGAAUCUGAUGGUUCUUCUGGUGAUGACCGACAGACUGUAGCCAUGAAGGAUCUCCUGGAUGCUAUAUAUCCUAGAGCUGACCGGCCCGACUACGUGGUCCGAUUAGAGCCCAUUCAGACCACCAACAAGGCGGUGUUCCAGUACCUCACCACAGAGGAGGAGCUGGCGAGAUUUCCAUCACACACAACCAGUGCCAGAGAGAGUCCUGUUGCUUGGGAAGGAGAGACUAUGGAGGGCGUGGAAAACAAUCCAGUCAGUCAGCCAAAUGCACCUGAGAGCCACAGCAGUCCAGGGCCGAAGACAUGGGAGGCUGACGAUGAGGCGAAAGAGGAACAUCCAAAGCCUGAAGAUGAGGGCUCCACCAGUGGGGUUGAAGAUGUGACCAUUUCCUGUUGUCUCUGUGGCCAAGACUUUAACUCCCGUCGGAGUAUCAGGCGCCACUGCCGCAAAAUGCACCAGACUAAACUCGAGGAGCUCCGAAAGUUCACGGAGACGCGCACAGUUCCUACAAGCCUGCUCUCUAUGGUGAAAGGCCGACCAAGGACUCUCAGUACACCGACUGGAAAGUCCUGCCCAGUGUGCCUGAAAACCUUCGCCACCAAAGCCAACGUGCGGCGGCACUUUGACGAGGUGCACCGGGGUCUUCGAAGGGACACAAUCACACCAAACAUCGCAUCGAGGCCAGGCCAGCCAUUCUCACUGGAAGUCACACCACCCAAGAAGAGCAACAAUUCUUCCCCAACACGUGCCCAGGGCUCCAAGACCACUCCUGUGAACUCUAAAACGUCCACCUCAAAUCAAGCCCAAGGGAAACCUCAGAGUAAGCAGACGAACUCUGCCUCAUGUCGAUGCACCCUGUGCAAGAGGAACUACAGCUCCCAGCUUAUGUUAAAGAGACACAUGCGCAUCGUGCACAAGAUCUACAGUGUCAAAAGUAACAAGUCUGGCGGCACACCAUCACCUGCUCCUGCUGUAAACACCCCUGGCACGAGCAGCACUACUGUUAGCCUCAGCAACAAUGUCAGAGUGAAGGAGGAAGCAGUGGAGCCGUCAGACGAAGAUGAUGACGUCGACAGCAGCCCUGCGCCGUCUCCCUCUAACAACAACGGGGCAGCUAAAGGCGUUCCACAGGCUGUUCUGAAAAUGAAAGAGGAGGAAGCCCCAUCCAGUCCGAAGGUACCUUCAUCCACAUCUUCAUCCUCGUCCCGUGGAGGGAACACAUGCACAAACAUGGCAGCCAAAUUAAGCAAGUUGUCAGUCGGCUUUGACUUCAAGCAGCUCUUCUGCAAGCUGUGCAAACGACAGUUCAGCUCACGUCAGAACUUAACAAAGCACAUUGAACUGCACACAGACGGCAACGACAUCUUCAUCAAGUUCUACCGCUGCCCUCUGUGUCGCUACGAGUCACGCCGCAAACGUGACGUCCUGCGCCACGUGACGGUUGUCCACAAGAAGUCGUCGCAAUACCUGGCAAAGAUCAUGCCCAAACUGGAGAGCAGGGCGGUGAAGAGGCUGGCAGAGGUGGUCCUGAACAGCACCAAGAGGACAGGCAGCAGCGUCAAAGAGGAGAUGAACGGGCGUCACAUUUCGUCAUCGUCAUCCUCCUCCUCCUCUUCUUCUCCAUCACCUCCAGUCACCCGCAAACAAGAAGCCUCCACGUCUGCCUCGACCGCCACUUCAGCCUCCGCCCCGCCUCCCGCCCCCAUCACCAGGAAGCAGCAGGAGCUUUCAUCUCUGGUCUCGACUCCCUCCCCGCCCGUCACGCGCAAGCAGGAGAGACAGCAGACGGUUCACCAGUCCCGCCCCAUCAGCCCUCCUCUGACCCGGCGCAGUGAGAAACACUCGCUCACUCGCAACGCCUCCUCCUCCACCUCAUCCAGUAACCAAACCCCGCACACCCGGCGACACGACAUCCAAUCAGAGAGCAGCCCCGUGACGUCAUCCACUGAAGUCAAAGUGACGAAGAAUUUCUCUCUUCAUGCUUGUGACCAGUGUGGACGAGCGUUUGCUAAGAAGGUGUACCUGGAGUCUCACAAGCGAAGCCAUCGAAACGCCACGGUGGGACCAGCGAGCAGGAGGAAAGGAGUCAGCACGCGCUCCAAAUCUCUGCUCUGGUGAAACACGCAGUAUCGCCACAAACGAAGAACAGAAAGCCACAAACAAUUACACAGCAAAUCACAACAUUUAACUGGAAAUUGAGACUACUAGAGGAAGAACAAGGAAGACCCGGAAACAUGAAGGAAGAAGCUAAGCAGGGCCUUACAGAAGAGAAUAGUUGCAUAUGAACCAAAAGAAAAGAAAAACUGUUGUAAACUGACGAUAUGUAGUUUCAUAACGAAGCUAUCAACACAAAGACUCCAAUCUGCUGUACAUAUACAUAUCUGUAUUUACUCAUGUGAAUAUGGAGCUAUAUGCAGACUACAGAUAUUUACUGCUUUGCUUCUAUUACCCUGCAUUUAGCGAGUUGCUGGAGGUAGUCUGCGUGAAUGAGUGAGAACGAGGAAAUCAGAAACUGGAUUUCUGGGCCCAGCCCGGUGACAUAUGAAAGAUAUUUUUUGAAUUCUUUAAAAAUGAAGAAUAUUAUAACUUAAUUUUCCUCCGCUGAACUAUGCCUCGUUAAAGGUUAUUCCACUGGCAUCUCAAAUCAGUUCCUCGUUUGCGGUCUGACAUUUUUUGAAAGAUGUAAAUUUCCAACCCUCAUUUAUUUUCCAAAUGAGUCGUCUACUGUUCUCUGCUGCUUGGCAGCACUAAAACUAGCAAAGGUGUACUUGGCUCGAAUAUGAAUUUGUUUUAAUUCAGAAACGAAAAAAUAAAAAAAAUCAGACAUAUUGUCCCCAUUGUAAAACAAAACUCAGUCUUUCUUAUUAAUGCUAAAACCUUGUUGUCUGAUUGCGCUUCAGCACGACUGAAGGUUAAGUCUAUUUCUUCAGAUGGUUUGAAACUUUAAAUAAUGUAUGAAAGACAGAGCUACAAUGAGACUGAGGGUAACAAUUUGCAACAGGUUACAGUAUUACUGCUGUAGUUUUUUAAGACAUUAACUGGAAGAAUUUACUGUCCAACUGCCUUUAUAUUGUCUUCAUGUCCUUCCACGGCCCUAUUAUGACACGCUGUUAUGUUACCUUGCAUCCUCAGUGCCUAAGAGCUGGUCUAGGUGAGCUACAGAAAGCAGAACCAUCCCUGACUGAAAGCCCUCCACAAAUCUACACUGGAGCAUUUUUACACUAUCUGUCUGAUCUUAGUUUUUAAUCUUUACCAAUGUAAUAUGUUUAUUUUUUACUAGUUUGUGCAUUGUUUGCUGAUUAAAAAUGUGUUUCUGUGAGUCCAACCGUUGCGAUCGUUUGACAGCGACACCUAAAGGUAGUCUUUGAGACACUGGGAAGAGUUUGGAGGGAAUGAAGAAGACCAAGAUCGGAGGAAAAGUGAGGAAGACCAAAUGUAGAUAUGUCUUAAUGUUCAAACUGUAAGCCAUGAAAAAGAACAAAAAAGCAGAAACAAAGAAAGACCAACCUUUAUUUUUGUAACAACAAAGGCUUCUGCAGCAGACAUACUGUGUAUUAACUCAUCCAUGUCGGAUGGCAUAAAUAAUAGCUAUAAUAGAUAACGUACUUAUUUACAAGUUGUUGGUUUUUUUUGUUUUUGUUUUGCCCAGAUGUUUCUAACAUGUUUGAGCCGUGAGCAUGCCAUUCUGCCGCCGGUUUAAGUUGCUCACUUGUUCCUCGUUUUGUUUUUAUUUCAUUUUUUUUUUACUGCUUGUUAAAACACAAGAGCACAAAGACAUGACUCAGAAGGGUUUAGUUCAUGUAUGUUUUUUUUUCUUGUUUUUCUUUUCUUUUUUUUUUGUCCUGAAGUUUUUGUUCAUCAUAUAUUGUUAUAUGUUAAGCUUUUUCCUCUAGAGACCACCAGAAGUAGAAAAGCCUUUUCAGAUGUGACCAGAAUGUUAAAAGCCACUAUUUAAUAAAUAAAAAAUAUUA